CCCUGAGCCUGUGCGCGGCGCAGAGCAGCUGUGGACGCGGCGCAGCGCAGUGGUCGUGACUCGAUCUGGACGCACACACGGUGACACGUGGAUCCUCGCGGGCGGGAGCACCGACCGGCGACCGGCGACCGGCUGGAUUCGCUGUGCGCGCCGACGCAUGGGUGUGUGUCGCCGCGCGCGCCCGCUCACGUCUUUCCUUUCUCGCUCCGGGUCCCGGCAAUGCGCCCCGGAGAGGAAACGGGCUUCGCAGAGACAUCCGGGACAACGCAUCCAUGCGCCAGGGCCACUCCGCAUCCCGACAUGCGCCUGACAACACAAAGCCCGGCGUCAAGGAGCUCCGUUAACAAACCGCACAUGCGAGUCGGCAUGGGCGCGUCGACGCGGUUAUCUCGCCGUCGCCUGUUCUGCGGAUUGUGCGACGAGACAAUCGGAACGAUCGAGUAGGACUUGAUUGACACCCAACCCGACAAUAUGGCUGAUCAGAGCAACAUCCAGUCCGCCGCCUCCAAGAGUAUCCGGCCCUUUAAAUCCAGUGAAGAAUACCUGUAUGCCAUGAAGGAGGAUCUGGCCGAGUGGCUGAAAACCCUGUACGACCUCGAAAUCAGCGCGGACACCUUCAUGGACGGGCUGGAGACGGGCUGUGCCCUCUGUCGGCACGCCAACAACGUGAACCGCGCCGCGCAGGACUUCCAGCUGGAGUACCCGGAGGCUGCGCAGUCCAUGAAAGUGCCGUCCAAAGAUGUGGUCUUUCAGUCGCGCAACGUCGUGCAAGGCUCGUUCUUGGCGCGGGAUAAUGUGUCCAACUUCAUCGGCUGGUGCCGGCAGGAGCUCUGGAUCAAGGACGUGCUCAUGUUUGAGACCAACGACUUGGUGGAAAGGUGCAACGAGAAGAAUUUCGUCCUGUGCCUCCUGGAGGUGGCGCGACGCGGCUCCAAGUUCGGCAUGUUGGCCCCCAUGCUGAUCCAGCUGGAGGAGGAGAUCGAAGAGGAGAUCCGGGACCAGGAGAGCCUGCGCGUCGACGCACGGGAGCCCGCCGAGCAGAGCGCGCCCAGCAGAUGCUCCGGUCGCAAGGAGAGCAGCCACAGUGUGGAGGAGGAGGAGGAGGAUGGAGAGGAAGAGGAACCCGAUCCGGAGCCGUUCAUCUGGCAGCAGAAGAGAGUUUUAUGUGACAUGCGAAAUUUGGACGAGUUGGUGCGUGAGAUUCUGGGCCGUUGUUCCUGUCCAGCUCAGUUUCCUAUGAUCAAGGUGUCGGAGGGGAAGUACAAAGUGGGAGACUCCAGUGCACUGAUCUUCAUUAGGGUCCUUCGUACUCAUGUGAUGGUGCGUGUUGGAGGGGGCUGGGACACAUUAGAGCACUAUUUGGACAAGCAUGACCCGUGUCGCUGUGCUGCCUUUGCCCAUCGCUACCACCAGGCUAAAGCCAGUGGUCAGGGGACCCACAGCAAGUCCUCGAGUGCCCACUCCUCGCGCUCCACCAGCCCAGGUCCGCACUGGCGAAAUGAUGGCAUUGCACCUUACAAGCCCUCAGACAGGCGCUCCACCGAGGCCCCCUCUGCUCCUUGUGCCUCUUCCUCCUCCACACGAUCAGGACGAUCUCAGAACGCUUUUGUCCAUACGGAGCUCGACUCGUGCGCAGCUCGGAAUCUGCUUCCACGGCCGCCACGGGACCGCUCCGAGCCCCGCCACUUUAAUCCUCUCAGGUCUAAGGAGGCGAUGUUGCCAGUAACAAGACGUAUGUCUGGAGACAGUGACUCCUCUACAGCAUCAUCUAAAGGAGGAGGAGGAGGAGGAGGAGGAGGAGGAGGGGGGCGGUUGACUCUUGGUGGCGCCUCACGCCGCACUGGUGAAGAGGUAAUCCUGCUUGUCAAUCGUAAAGAGGGGAAGCAUGUGAUUGAGAGGUCUGGGGCAGGAAAUCAGACCCCAUCCCUGCGUCCAUCACUGCCCCGUGCUCGCAGUCAAUCUCGGGAACGUGCUGCACUCGCUCCAAUACUCAAACCCAACCCACCGCAGGGAUCCUCUGAUGGAACACGGACGUCUCGCACAGAGAGGGGUCGUUCCCUCGGAAACGAGGGUCCAAGAAGGCUCCAUGCUCCACGCUCCCACAGCCAGAGUAAGGUACCAAGCCGCACUCGGUCCAGCGAUGCCGGCCCGAAUCCCGCUCCGUGUUACAGAGAGCCUCAGCCCCCACCUUCAGACAGACGAGAGGAGCUGCGGGCCAGACAAAUGCCCCCUUCCUCUCCCAGAGUCGUUGGUGGCUUCACCAAGAGGCAGUCGUCCUCAUGCUCUAACUCACCUAUCAAAGGGGUCCAGAGCAACAACAGUAGCUCUAUCAAGAAGACUAUAACUACUCCCAGACCUCCUGCCCCUCGCUCACCCUCUAUAGGAAAAGGCAGACUACUGCCACCAGUCACCUCAGGAGGUCGACGGUCACCACACUCAUCUCCCCGCAACUCUCACCAUCAUUCUGCUCGCUCCCCUCGGGUGUCACAGGGCCCUCGCUCUGCUGGGCGUGGCCACUAUAGAAACUGUCCUGGCCUGGAGCGCCAGGAGCCUGAGGAGGAAGGACUAAGCUUCGGCUUCCAGAUGCUUCCAGUGCUCGACCCCAAGAGGGAGCAAGACCUGUAUCUCAGCUUUGAGGCCGAGUUUCUGGCCAAUACACAGCAGGCUGUAGGAGUGUCUAGUAAAGUUCCAGCAGGAGCGACCCUGCAGGGAGCUGGGACACAUUCAGUGCCAACACUUACGGAUCCUAAUGUCACUGACUCUGCCUAUUCCUCUUCUAACUCCUCCACCUCCUCCCUGAAUGUGGGAGCAAAGUUAGGAACUUUGCCUGACCUUAGGGAAUCCAAGAGAACAAAUCCCCGUCAUUUCCCAAUGGAGGACCCCUUAAAUUUACUUUAUGGACACAAUUUUGGAGGACAACACAACUUUGGUCAAGGAGAGUCUGAACACUGGGGGGAGCGUGGAGGGGGUCUCAAGAAGCUCCCGGCCAUCUCUAGCUCCACAGAGGAGAGGGAACUCCCAUCUUCCCUGCCCGGCAUUGGAGACACAGAGUCAGACAGUUUCAUGAAUCAGGUCCCCUCACAACCUGCUUUGCACUGUAGGAAUAUGAAUGGAGACCAUGCAGGUGGUCCUCCGACAGGGGUGUUGACAGGUCAGCAGGUGCAGCUUGGCUGGGGCACAGGGCCUGAAGGAGAUGUUCCUCUUGAGAAUCACAAGCCAAACUUUUCUUACAACCUGGAAAAUGGUGAAGGGAGUGAUGACCUCCCACCCCCAGAGGCUUGUCCGUCACCCGUGCCUCUUCCACCAUCUGAAGACUGCUCCUUCCAGGACUCCUCGAGUGAAAACUCCUCCAUGUGCUUUAGUUUGAGCGAAUCCCGCUCUGAGUCCCCCCCACCAACUUCACCCCUGGCCAACGGGGACACUGAAGGAGGAGGGCUGCUGACUAAAAAAGGGCAGAAGAAGGCAGACAGGGCAGCCCCUGCCUCAAAGCACAAAUUGAAAGCCAGAAUGAGGCCUCGCACUGACAACAGGCCGGAAAACAGCCCCUCGCGUAUCCCCACCCCGGUCAGCUACAGGGAUCUGCAGGCUCACAACCCUCUUUCGCCCUGCCACACCCCACCACUGUCCCCUCAGAGCUCCCGUUCUACCGGUCAUCCAGCCACAUGCAAGAGCCUGCACCAGGCCUUUGCGGACAUGAUCCAUCCUCAGCCACGUUCCCCAGCCAUGGGCAACAAAGAUUGCGCCUUCCCUGGACAGUCAGGAAGCCUGGAUAAUGAAGCUUGGAUGUAGCACAAAAUAUGACAUGGGAGGUUGUUGUGAUGAAUUUUGACUACUGUGUAAAAAAGCAGACUAAGACUGGGCUUUAGACUGUUCAUUGCAUGUCAAACAUUCUCUUUUCACUUAGUUUCUCCCCCGGAUAACUGCAGGGGGUUCACGUUGCUUUUAUUUUGCACUCAAGCCAAAUUAUUUAUUACCAAAGGAACGGUCUUUAAUAGUUUUACUGUUGUUUUAAUGUAUCCAAUGGGGAUGCUUUUGCCAAUCAGAGGGUAUGUUUCUUUGUGGAAAACAUGGUUUAUACCUAAGGUUAGAGAGAGAGCGAGAGAAGGAGAGAGCAUAUGUUCUGCCAUGUGCCCUGCUGAGGGGCAUGGUAAAGUGCCAGAGAUUUAAAGCUGCAACUGUAGAAACAAUGUAAACACUAAACCUUUAGUCAGAUUGAGUAGCUCCCUCUCGUGGUUUGCCACAGCAUCUCUGCUUGCCUUCAUAGUGCUGAUAUUUUGACUGUGAUCAUUUCAGUCUGUAUACUCAUUAGUGGUCUUCAUUAAUGGCUCAACAUACUCACAUCUACAAUACACCUAUAGGUAACAGUCAAAGGUACCCCCAUCAUUCUUGUGACUUUAUAAAUAUUGACAUGCACUACCAAUCUCUUUAAAGUCAUCUUUUCCACAAUCAGUUGAUUUAGUCGAGUUACAGUAGGUAAUAAGUUUUUAUGUGUUACAGCUUUUUAAAGAUUAUGUUUAAUGCAGUAAAAUAUUUUAACUUUUAAGUGGAUUGAGUGUAAACAUUUGAGGAGCAGGUGAAGGUUAUAACACCUUGUGUCAUUGUCACUGAAACGGAUAUGUUGAGAGUUCUUCCUCCGACCAAACUGUACCCUGGAAUUCAAUGCUGAAUAUAUACAGUAUGUGCGCAAGUCAAACGCUAAGAAGAAUGAAUGUGUAAAUAACAUGUCGGUGUGCUCACAGAGAGAUGUGGGUAUUUUGUAUAUAAAAAGGCAUUGGAUAUACAGUUUAAUGUACAUAUUCUCACUGUAUUACGUUCUGUGCUGCCUUAGCUAUGCAACGUGGGUGUUGGAAAUGCCUUGACAAUUCCCUUUGCCUUAAAAUGUAUUCACAGGUUAGUUUUUGAAUGUUUUUCCUCAAUAUCACUACGAUCUAUUGGACACUUGCCAAUGCCAUCAUUAACUCUUUAUGAUAAUAUAAAUUGGAGAGUGUGAGUGUGAAUGUGGAACAAAAGGAACAUUGCCAAUUUCACUAUAAAUUAUACUUGAUGUAGGUGCAUAAUUCAUGAUAAAAGAUAUAUAAUUUAUUGCCCUAGAAUCCUACCAGUUGUUUUGAAACAGGAGAACCCUCAUAACCUUAGCAGAUUGAUUACAAAGACAUGACACAAUGUAUGGUGACAUCUAGUGGCUAAAAAAAGACAUGUUUUGUCAUGGUGAAAAAAUUAUUGACACAGUAUCCACUCCUUGUACUGGUGCUGAUUAGAGCCAGUAGAGCCAGUAACAAUGAGAUGAUGAGGUGAAGUUUGACAGAUGAAGAAUGAUUUUGACUUGAGGGACUGCAUGAGUGCAAUAGUGCAUGAAUAAUAGAUGCUGUAACUGGAUAUCAAGGUUCUCUUGUAAGGUUUUGCACAGUUGUCAUCAGUAUGAGUGGCCAGACCCCAGCAACAGUACUUCUGUGUUUGGUAUUAAACAGGUGAGGACUGUGUAAAAAUAUAUUUGAAAGUGGAAACGUUGGAACUGUAGUAUCACUGCCCUGCAGAAAGUGUUUUACAGAUGUGAAAUAUUUCCCGUAGAAAUUGUGGAGACAAUGUCAGUGAGAAAAGAAAGAAAUUUAAAAAAAAAACUUUCGUUACAAAUGUUUUUGCAGGGCAGUGAGACAGUGAAUGUGCAUAUCUUUGUGUACAUACUGUAUGAGAAUAUGUACAGAGUUGGAGUAAAGACAGGGGUGAAAUUGGUCUAAUUUAUUUAUUUAUAAAAUCAAGUGUUAUUGGGCUCCAGUGACAUCUGUGUCGCACGUUGUAAGUGUUAAGGGUGAGGUGGGGCUUUUAAAAAAAAUGUUCUCAACAAUUUACUGCAAACAGACAAAAUCAUUUGAAAUGUUGCCAGACAAACAAAAUGUAUUUGGGCUCUUUUGCAAUAUUCGGAGAUAUGUGAUUAGCUUAAAUACUCCUUGUUGCUACAAAUAACUUAUGAUCAGUGUAUCAGUAUUGAUCCAACAUAUAGCUGGUUAUCAGUUUCGCCUGUAAAAAAACAGAUACUUACAUGUAUUCUGCUUUGAAUUUAAAGCAAAUUUACAUUUUUGUGUCAGGCCUAUUUGAAGACAUUUGCAUUUUGACCAGCUGGUUUUUCAAUUCUACCAGUUAUGUGAACUGUGACUUCAUACAAACAUGCUAUUACAUUGAUAAACCGAUCACAAAAAUUCUGAUUGAAAGAUUGUCCUUACAUUGUCUGUUCUUUGUUCUGCAAAACUUUGCAAAUGUCAUUAGACUCUCUCCCCUUCUCUGUCCCCAGUCAGUGGAAUCUGAAUGUUCAGGAUCAGACAAUUCUCUUGUUUGCUAAUGUUACUUUCACUAAAACUGUACAGAUUGCUUGACAUUUUUUCUUGAAUUUGUACUGUAUGUAUGACAGCAAUACUGCAAAAUCUCACUGUUUCUUUUUGGGGAAGUUGAAAAUGCUGUCAAGUUGUUCUUGUAAUAAAUAUUUUCCUCUGCAUUAUCAAA